CUGCAUGACUAUCCUAACCACAUGUUCAGGGUUGAGAGGAACAAAAAAGAAAUCAUAUUGGUCCAAAUGGACCACUAAUCUGUAUAUCGGUAAGGAUUGGUCAUACUCAGUGACUUUGUGGCUAACGGUCCUGCUUAACACAACAGUUCUGUUUUUUUGGGUAAAUGAUGAAGCAUGAACACAAAGAAUUAUCAGUGGACAAUUUUAAGUUUGUUUGGAAGUAGAGGACACAGAGAUGAGUGAGUUUUGCACAAGAGUACAUCAAUUUCCUGUCAUUGUCAUAUGUGGUUUUGGCUCACAUGGGCCACUCGUGGGAGUGUCUUUCUGCCUUUCUUCUUUGAUGUAAUGGAAGGAUGUGGUUUUCUUAAACAUGAAACAUGUUCGUUGGUGUUUUAAUGUGUGGAUGAGGAAGUUUGCGUAAGUGAAUGGGAAGGGAGGUUCAGCAAGUGAUGAUUUUAUGCGUCUGUCUUACCACUGACUCCACAAGCCAAAUAAAGGCAAUUUGUCAUAAAAAUAUAUACACAGACCUGUAAGAGUUUUUGAAGCUCUAAUAGCUGUCAAGAAACUGGAAUAUUUGGACUUCAGCACUGGAAGAAUGUUAUUUUGUGGGUAUUUGCUCACAGCUCUGAUCAUCCUCACGCCACAUUUUAGUGCUGCUGAAUACACUGCUCCACCGGCUCCUACACUGACACAGACAGCCAUCAGAACCUCAUCUGUGAAGUUGUUGUGUCAGGCUCCAGAAGGUUAUGGUGGACUUGUGUUUAAACUUUUCAAAAUGCGUGAGCUGAUAGAUAAGGUUGAGCAUUCAGCUGAACAGCAAAGGGCUGUGUUUAUUCUUAAGGGAAAAGAUACAGAAAAAGAUGAUCAGUAUUGCUGUCAGUAUGACAACAGCAUGUUCAGUUUCUAUAUGCAGCCAGAGCAGAAAGUCGGUCCCCCUCCAUCCCCUCAGCUGGUGGUCGAGCCCUCUAGUGGGAAUGUUAGUCCUGGUGACACACUGUCAUUCCACUGUCGGGCUCCACCAGACCAUCAGAAACGUUCUCCUGAGGCUUUUCUCUUGCUCCGGAGAGCCAAAGGAACCCCAGGCUCCAUGGUUGCUCCAGCCCAGCUGGUGUCUCAGUCUAAUGAAGCUCACUUCAAUGUGAAGACAAAGGGACGGGAGGACGGUGGAGACUAUGUCUGCCUCUACCAGCUCAAAUCCCAGAAGACGGGACAGGUGAACUCCACAGCCAGUCAGCCGGUACACAUUACUGUGAUAGAGCUCCCAGUCCCCACUUUGUCCUUGUCCCGACACAAGGGUGAAGUUCUGGAGUGUGUUGGGUCACCCUCAUAUCCUCAAAGCUACUUCAGUUUAUUUCGUGUCGGUGUCCUGUCACCUGAGGCGACCCAUCAGGCUUCCCCGAUUCAGUACAGUGCUAGAUUUCCCAUACCCAUCCGUUAUGAACGUGGUGUACAGUAUCAGUGUCAGUACAGCGUGUCAUUGGGCAACACCAAGGCGUACUCUAAAAUGAGCUCACCAGUAACUAUCCCAUGCAUUACAGGAUAUCAUGUAUGCACAUCGAGCUCUACAGGCAACACAGACCUGGCUCUGAUUGUUGGCUCUGUGUCUGCGGGUGUUCUGUUUCUCACAGUGGUGGUAAUCCUGGGCUUUGCCAUACACAGACAUUUCCAAAAAAUGUCAGAGAGAAGGAGACAAAGAGAUCAAGAAAAAUUCUGGCAACAUGUGCACUCCAGAGAUCAUAUUGUUGAUCUGACUCUGCAGCGUGUUGACAUUGGAACUGAGGAAAAUGGACAAAUGCUCAGAGGAGGAGCCUCAUUGUCAGAGCCCAUCUACGAUUAUCCCAUGGCAACCUUUAAGAACGCCUCAGUUUACUGAUGUCUAUCUGUCUAUCUAUCUAUUUAUCUAUCUAUCUAUCUAUCUAUCUAUCUAUCUAUCUAUCUAUCUAUCUAUCUAUCUAUCUAUCUAUCU